AACACAUCUUUCCAUUAAAAGAUUAGAACUUUCCGAUCCGUUGAACUAAAAAUAAAUAAAGAAAUAAAUUUUGGGAUUUACCUCGGGUCGAACCGGACCCGUCCGGAGUUUGGUUAAAUACCAGUCGGGUCUCGCCGUUUCGCCGUCAACCUGUGGAGAAGGCCAAAUUUCCAUGGCCAAAGAAUCUCGCCUUCACUGAGCACAUAUAUAUAAAUAUUCUGUUCUUCAAUAAGCCGGAGUUUAUUCGAUUCGCACCUGUUCCUCGGCCAAAUCUCUCUGCACCAUCAGCGGAUCGACCCAGGCCUCUGACUCCGAGUCCCCCGAGCUUCCGGACUGGUUCAAGUUCUUCGAUUCUAAAAACUCCUCACAUACAGAUGCUGAUGACGAUGUCUUCGUUAUUCCUCCAUUGGCGCAUUGGCUUGAUUCCCAAAGGCUUGAAGCCCACAGUAACGUUGUUAAGAAGACACUUAACCAGGCGAGUGAUAACGAAGUCGAUAAAGUAAGUAUGAUGCUGAAGAAUCGAUACCCAUCACCGGAAAACGUUGCGGAAGCUUUGAAUGGAAGUGCUUACAGAGUAUCAAACACAUUGGUUGCACAGCUUCUGAAGAGAUUUGGGAAUGAUUGGAUCCCUGCUUAUGGUAUUUUCAAGUGGGCAAAAGAACAAACACCUUAUAGGCAUUCGCGUGAGUCGUAUAACUCCAUGGUAGACAUCUUGGGGAGAGCUAAAAGGUUUGGACUGAUGUGGGAAUUAGUGGAUGAGAUGAGUCGUUUAUCUGGGUAUGUGAGUUUGGAGACGAUGAGUAAGGUCAUUAGGAGACUUGCGAGGGCUGGAAGGUAUCAGGAGGCAAUCGAGGCAUUCCGGAGGAUGGAGAAAUAUGGCGUUGGCAAGGACACAGCAGCCAUGAAUGUGUUGAUGGAUGCAUUAGUCAAGGAGGGCAGUGUUGAAGAUGCCCACAAUGUGUUUGAAGAAUUGAAGGGUUCAAUACCUUUCAAUUUGACCUCUUUCAACGUUCUAAUUCAUGGGUACUGCAAAGCUAGGAAGCUAGAUGAGGCAUGGAAGAUAAUGGAUGAAGUUGAGAAACAUGGACUCGAACCUGAUGUGAUUUCCUAUACUGCUUUCAUUGAAGCUCAUUGCCGCGACAAGGACUUCCGGAAGGUGAAUAAGAUUCUGGUGCAAAUGGAACAGAAGGGAUGCAGGCCUAAUGCAGUAACUUUCACCAUUAUAAUGCAUGCUCUAGGGAAGGCAAAACAGUUAAAUGAAGCUCUAAAGAUAUAUGAGAAGAUGAAGAAAGAGGGGUGUGUGCCUGAUAGUUCCUUCUACAGCUCUCUGAUAUUCAUUCUUGGUAAAGCUGGUAGGCUCAAAGAUGUUAAAGAGAUAGUAGAAGACAUGACAAAGCAGGGAGUUAAUCCAGAUGUGUUGACAUAUAACACUAUAAUAUCUUGUGCUUGUGCGCAUUCGCAGGAAGAGACGGCUCUAAGAUUGCUGCAGAAAAUGGAGGCAGAUUCGUGCAAGCCAGACCUCAAGACUUACCACCCUUUAUUGAAGAUGUUCUGCAAAAAGAAGAGAAUGAAGGUGCUAAAGCUUUUGUUAGAUCACAUGUUCAAAAAUGAUGUGAGUAUUGAAGCUGGGACUUACUCGAUUCUGGUGCGUGGGCUGUGCGAUAAUGGGAAACUCCAUCUUGCUUGCUCGUUCUUCGGGGAAAUGGUGUCGAAGGGAAUGAUUCCUAAAGACUCCACAUUCAAGAUGUUGAAGGAAGAACUUGAGAGGAAAAGUAUGUUAGAAGAAAUUAAAAUAGUUGAGAAGUUGAUGUCUUAUGCAACAGAGCAAGAUCAGAGCUAAAGAUUGAGAUUUGUACCAGAGCAAUUUGCUGAUCCAGACCAUUUUCAAAAUUGGUGCUCUUACGAGAACUUAUCUAUUUACAGUGUUAUUAGAGAAAGGACUAAUGCAAACAAAUUUGAAUACAAAUCUUUAUAUUCAAAUGCUGCCCAUGUUGGGUGUAACAAUAUAAUCUACAUCGACAUUAUGUACACCAUUUUAAAAUAACAUGAAUAUAAUGCACAAUCAUAGAGUAUAAAAAUGAAUUCACA